AUGGCCGACAGUGCUGACUACGCGGUGGCCAACUCCCCCGGCAAGGGCGCCGCGAACACCUUCGACGAGGCCAACAAGGCCGCCGCGCGCCUCAUCAAGCCCAACGCCAUCCUGUACACGAGCGCGCUGCUGUCGUGGCUCCAGCCCUUCCAGAGCGGUUGGUCCACCUCGCAGAUGAACCUGUCGCAGUACAACGACACGGACCAGUGCAAUGCGCGCCCCGUGGCCGAGGGUACGUGCCUCAUGUUCCCGGGCCACACCAAGCUCGAGUGGACGUUCGCCGUGAACGCGUGGAUCUUCGGCGCCAUGGUGGGCUCGCUGUGCUGCGGCCACUUCAGCGACAAGUACGGCCGCAAGAAGACGCUCAUGGGCAACUGCAUCUUCAUCAUCGUGGGCGGCGUCGUGCAGACCGUCGUGUCCAACAUUUGGAUCUUCUCGAUCGGCCGCCUCAUCGCCGGCCUCGCCUCGGGCACGGCCACCGCCACCAUCGGCAGCUACGUGAACGAGCUGUCGCCGCCGCACAUGCGCAACACGCUGGGCCUGGGGCUGCAGAUCUUCACGACCAUCGGCAUCUUGUUCCCGGCCAUCGCCUUCUUCUUCGCCAACACGAGCUCCGGCUGGCGCUACCUGGCGGCCUUUCCCGUCAUUCUGGGCGCCGUCUACCUGCUGCUGGCGCCGACCAUGUGCGUGGAGAGUCCGGCGUGGCUGCUCACGCAGGGCCGCACCGACGAGGCCAAGCAGGUCAUCGCGCGGCUCUACGGCGAGGAGCACGUGCAGACGGCACUGUCGUGGCUCGAGGUGAGCAAGAAGCCCGAGACGGCCGAGGCCGGGCUCGCGGCGCCCCAGAAGGAGUCCAUGUUCAACCCGCGCUACCGCCUGCAGCUGCUGGGCGGCAUCCUGCUCUCGUGCUCGCAGCAGCUCUCGGGCAUCAACGCCGUCUUCUACUACUCGGGCAGCAUCUUCUCGGACGCGGGCAUCUCGGACUCGCGCGUGGGCACGCUCAUCAUCGACUUCAUCAACAUCUUUCCCGCCUUCUUCACGGGCGUGCUGGCCAACCGCUUCGGCGCGCGCAUCAUGAUCCUCUGGGGCCUGGCGGGCAUGGUGGUCAUGUCCAUCGGUAUGACGGUGGCCUUCAUCGUGGACGUGUCGGCGCUCUCCAUCGUGUUCACGGCGCUGUACGUGAUCGUGUUCGGCGUGACGCUCGGGCCGCUCGUGUGGGUCAUGACGGCCGACAUCUUCCCGGACUCGAUCCGCGCCAGCGCGUCGUCGCUCUGCAUCGGCAUCAACUGGCUCUGCAACCUCAUCGUGGGCGUGUCGUACCCGUACAUCUCGGACGCGCUCAACGACUACGCGUACGUGCCGUUCGUGGUACUGCUGGCGAUCUUCUACCUGCUGGCGCUCAACCUCGUGCCGGAGACGUCGGGCAAGUCGGCCGAGGAGAUCCAGGCCGAGUACGACUCACGCCGCGAGAAGUAA